CGAAUGAAGUCACGGUGGUACCAUGCCCACACCAGCGGGAUCGUCGCAGGUAAAGGUUAAAACUGUUUGCAUUGACCCCUCCCUCUUCUACAAUGGCACAGCAGCCACGUUAAGAAGGCCAGACGUUCGUGCUCCACCUCUGCUCUGCUAACCGUUCCCAUCUUUUCGUUCACAAUCAGGACGUCCCCAAGGACUUUACUUGCAGCAGUGGCGUCUUAGCGGCAAGUUUCAACGAGGAAACGGGGCUACGAAGGACAAAAAGAAGCACACGAGCAAUUUGCAACCGUAACGCGCAAGUCUAAUAAUCCCCUAUCAUGAAAAAAGCUUUCCAACGGCCGUGUCGUGAUAUAGCGCGAAGUCGUCUUCCACUUUAUCAACAUCGACGUCCCACCACCUCCUUCCACGUCCGUAAAUCGCCUAUGAGAAAGUGGUAGUAAUGUUGGCCGUGUCGCCCAUGCCACUGCAUCCGCCAGAGGCGGCACCAGCGUACGUGCCGCUCUGUGCACCUGGUUGAGAGCCAGCGGCGCAGUUGUACAGCUCGUAGCCGGUCAUGCAAGAGGUGGCGCCACCGGUGCACUGGAAGACGCAACGCUCAAAGUCGGAUGUGCAGCUGCUGGUCGAGAUGGUCAUGGGCUUUCCGUUCAUGUUGACCUCACGAGAGACGUCGAAGGUGCUCCACUGUCCGUUGAACGUGUAUUCGCCCCAGGUCUGGAAGAUCUGGCCGUAGGGAGACAUGGUGGUAUCUGGGUAGAUGGGAGCCCAUGCGCCAGAUGCACCAUUUGCGAACGAAACGGUCUGAACGGCGCCGGCAGGGAUGCUGGCAACGAUUAGGGGCUUGACUGCAUUGACCCAGGAGCCCUGGGGACCCCAAACAACGAGGAUGAUCUCUUCGGUGGAGUUGUUGAUGAAGUUGUUGACGUAUGGGCCGUCAGCACCGAGCCAUGCCUGGCCGUUGUUGGUCGCCGAGUUCGUGCCGGUCGCGGUGAAGCCGAUCUUGGACAAGAGGGCCGCGCCAGUGGCAGAGAGAACGCCGCGCCUGCGAUACUGUUCAGUAGGAGGGCCAACACAGACGGGGUGAAAGCGAUCACGCACUUCUCAAGAACCUCUGCGGGGGCAGCAUGAGCCUCACGACGCAUGUGGAAGUGCCUGUGGUUAAGGAGACCGGCAGCAGCCUGGCCAACAGCCAGGGAGGCCAGAGCAAGAAUACCGGAGAACUUCAUUGUGAAGGAUCAAGAUGGAGAUCAGGGAACGACUGCUGUAUUUUCUGGUCGUGGAAUUGGUCGUGUGUCGUCAGGUGUAAGGAUAGUACGUCUGGGUCACUUGGCUGCAAAGGAGUGUCGCGAAGCUGUCCAGAGCUCGUGGAUAAGGAGUGUGCGAGUUGGUUGAGCGGGAGGGUGGGCCGAAAGAGCGUGUACCGGGUGUAAUAAGUAGGGCAAAGAAUGAGAGUGAGUGAGAGAGUGAGAGGGAGCCGCAGAAGAACGAGUGAGCUGCAAACUCGCCAACGAAACCUUAACACGUCCGGGUGGUCAGAGGGAACGAGCAAAACAGCAAGUCCGAGACGUGGAUAAAGAGGAUGCGUCGAAAGCACAAUCCAGAUCCAAAAGGGAAUGGUGAGGAUUCGGCGUCCAUCGCGCCACGGCGGUCAUGGGUGUGCGUGGUGGCGCUUCGGAAGACACUCCCUUUGGCGGGAUCUCGACUCGACGAAGCUGGCUGCCGCCCAGGCUUGCGCGUACCAGACGGCCGCGGUGGAGCGGCCGAGAUGAAGCUGCCCGUCUCAUGCUCCGGGGCGCGGACAAGGCCGAGUGCCGACAACGAGCCGGCCAGAUACAAGCAAGCAGCAGCAGAGGCUGCGGACGGACGCGAGCUCUGGCGGGAGCGGGCAGCGAGUCCUGCGCCGUCGGAUGUUGGCAGGAGAGCAGAGGGCAGAGAUUGAGCGCGGGUGGGCGUGCGAGUGGCCGGGGCAAGGGGCAGGGGGCGAGCAGGCGGUGCCACCGACGGCCCCAGCACGACUCCAGCACGACUCCAGCACGGCUCCAGCACGACGCCGGCGGCGACGCACGCCCGCGCGAGAACAACAGGCGCAGGCUUUGCGGCGCGUGCGCUUUGAUGAAACGCCGCCGAUCCACGCCCAAUCGCGGCGGCGCUAUGCCUGUUCCUGAGCCGGCUCGGCCUGGUGAUUGGCCGCUGCGCUGGCGCGGCGUGCCGAUCAGGAGAGCCCGCCUGCCAAGCCCCGGCCAGCCGCCGUUCGCCCGUCGUGAUUGCUGACGCGGGCUCAUCAAACUGCGGUGCACAGCGGCCGCCGCGAAAGGAGAGCGGGCGUGCAUAAAGUCCUCCCUCAGCGGCCGCGCGCGCUCGCAGUGCCUUCGCCAUCGCCUCUGCUCGUCCUGCGCAGAGGAGCCCCAGACCGUGCCGUCGUGACCGCGCCGACGUGGGCCGAGCCCUCGACCGACUUUUCCCGCCGCCGCACCAACGUGGCAAGCUCUGCAAGCAAGCAAGCAAGCAAGCAAGCAAGCAUCAGGGUUCGUCCAGGCACCAGGCACGCGCAGCUUAGGAUUGGGCAACUCUCGAACUCUGGCUCCAGCUAGCAGACGUCAAGAAGGCUCGGUCCGUAGCUCUCGCCGGACUGGACGCAGUACCACGACGGGACAACUCCGCCUGCAUCUGUUCGCCAGCCUCCACCCUGUGCGAAAAAAAAAAAAAAAAAAAAAAAAAAAUUCCCUCUCCGGCCUCUUGACUCGUUCGAAUUUUCCUUCGCCCUGGACGACUGCGUUCCAUGGCAUUCAGCGUCGCCCCUCGGCACCCGCCAUGACGGACCAUUGCUGAUUUGCAACCCGUAGCGGCCCGCUCUCACGCGUGGAUUCUGCGUGUGUCAGAUCGUGGGAGAAUGUUCGCAAUGCGAUCGAACGCUCAUUGGUUGGCUGUCUGUCCGUCCUGCAGCCCAGCACACUCUCGUGCUUUGCCUUCUGUUGGGCCAGGCCGACAGUUGACCUCCCAAAGUUUCUUUUUGCGUGUGAUGACGUUGAACAGCUCCCUUCAUUGGUGUUAGAUAAGCUCGCUCCAUUCCCACUCUGACACCUCGCUUUGUCCUGGCUGCGGUCACAUGUCUGGCCACAAAAUCCUCUCUUCUCACCUCCCUUCCCCCAAUCAGACCCGCGAAGGCAUCGUCGCACUAACAUCGCGCUAUAGCAUGCGCCAAAGGUCUCCGGAAGUGCGAAAGAGGGGGGGGGGGAGAAAAAAUUCUGAUCCCAGCGAGUGACUGCUUUUCCACGCGGACAUCCGAGUCCCACCACGAUGUCGGGAUAUCGAAGCAAAUCCAAAGUCUCGCUGGAACCAUGCUGCUUUUCUUGGUGGGGGCGAGGGUCCAAAGGUCAGAACGUGAUUGCGGAGAAAGCCGUGCUGUAGCGCAAGAUCUCCAACGCAGUUCUACACCGAAGCUCUGAGUCAACGUCUCUUGGGGCCUAAGCAGGUCAUGGCCGGAGUCUGACCAAUUGAAAUGGUCCUCUUAACUGCAUCUACUUCCAGUCAGAAUUCUUCUCCAGCGCUUCGCUACCCGCUUUUCAUUUUAUGUAUGCAAGGUAUCGUCUAGCUGCAUAUCUUGCGCUACAGAGAGUACUGCCCUGGUUGCAGUCGACUACUUGGCCAGCAAGCAAUGUUUUUUGUGCGUGAAUAGUCCAGACCCAAAGAAACCACCGAUUGUCACAAGAGCAGCUGCGCUUCACUCGGCUCGACAUGCCUACUAUGCGUAAAUCCCUUCCGCUUGAGAGUGACAAAGGUCGCUUGUG